CAUUUCUUCUCCAGUGCAAAAUGGCGACCCCGAGAAAAUUUCAGGAAAAGAUCGCGUUAUUACAACAAAAGGAAGCUGAGGGGAAGAUGGAAUAUGAUCAGAUUAUGAAUGAAGUCCAUGAGCUGACCAAAGGGCAGAAGACUUGCAGCCGGCCUAAAGCCCAGCAGCACUUGCAGCCACAGCCCUCUCAUCAACAUCACCAACAGCACCCACAGCACCAACAGCACCCGCAGCAGCACCCCCAGCAGCAGCAACAUGCAUCACGGCCCACUCAAGGAGGCUCACUGCCCAACUUCUCAGUCAAUUUGCCGCAGGGUAGGGGGCCAGAAUUCUACCAGCAGGGGACACUCCAGGGUGCAAUGCAAGACCUUAGCAACCUCCAGCAGGAAAUCUACCCGAGCAUGCAACACCGGAUAGCUGUGUCCCCACAGAUGCAGCAGCAUCAUCAUCCACAACAAGUGGUGACCCCACCUCGACUCCACUACCACCCCACCCUGCUGUCACCUCCUCCUGAAGUGCUCUCUCGUUCAAGCUCCGACUCCUCACUGCACCAAAACCUGGUUCAAGGCAAGACGGUCAACAAUAGGAAAGGUGCGCUUGCUUCUAAAGCUUACUAGCAUUUUUGACUUAAUAAAUAACU